GCAAAUAUUCCCGAAGGGGAUUUUUGAACUGCGACUAAUGACUGUGACCAUGACUGUGACUCACUUUUAAAUUACUGUUGAUUAGAGGGGACUUCAUUGUGUAUUAAUAAUCUAAUAUGGCGGGAUUCUUGUAUACACAAAUGGUAUAUACAGGUCACUUCAUGUACUACCAUGGGUAUUAAGCACGGUUAAUGUGCACCACAUGUGCUAUAUACAAUUUGGUAUUUUGGAUUUCGGAAUGUGUUUUGAAUGGUUUUGAAUGAAUUCGUUGGUUGUUAUGGAAGAAGAAGAACAAAGUUUCACCGACGAAAUGGAUCAGAAUUUGGAGGAAACAGUGAAGAAAAUGAUUAAAACUCAGAACAGAAAAAAGAAGAAAUCUGGAGGGUUUCAAGUCAUGGGCCUCAGUUAUUUAAUUUACAAGGGAAUCAUGAAGAAAGGUUAUAAGGUUCCCACACCAAUUCAAAGAAAGGCUAUUCCCUUGGUGCUUGAUGGAAAGGAUGUGGUUGCGAUGGCAAGGACUGGAUCUGGUAAGACUGCAGCAUUUUUGGUUCCUAUGUUUGAAAAGCUUCAUGGACACUGUGCUAAGACUGGUGCUCGAGCUAUAAUCUUAUCUCCAACACGAGAAUUGGCUUUGCAAACACUAAAGUUUACUAAAGAACUUGGCAGGUUCACUGACUUAAAAUCUACAGUUAUUUUGGGAGGAGAUAAAAUGGAUGAUCAGUUUUCUGCACUGCACGAGAAUCCUGAUAUCAUUAUUGCAACACCUGGCAGAUUUCUUCAUGUUCUUAUGGAAAUGGAUUUGAAGCUUUCUUCAGUGGAAUAUGUUGUAUUUGAUGAGGCAGACAGAUUGUUUGAAAUGGGGUUUGCUGAACAGCUUCAUGAGAUUAUUAGUCGUUUACCUGACAUGAGACAGACUCUUUUGUUCUCAGCAACACUUCCAAAAUCAUUGCUGGAAUUCACCAAAGCUGGGCUAAGCGACCCAGUCUUGUUAAGACUUGAUGUGGAUACCAAGCUUAGCGAUCAACUCAAGCUUGUGUUCUUGUCUGUCAGAGCUGAUGACAAGAAUGCUGUAUUGCUCCAUCUACUACAGUCAAUCAUCAAAGCAACAGAACAAACAAUGAUUUUUGCAGCGACUAAACAUCAUGUAGAGUAUUUGAAAACAGUUCUGACAUUAGCCCACAUUCCAUGUUCAUACAUUUACAGUUCUCUAGAUCAAACAGCUAGAAAAAUUAACGUUGCAAAAUUUCGAAAGAAGAAGGUUAUGGUUCUCAUAGCAACGGAUGUUGCUGCACGAGGUAUAGAUAUACCAAUGCUUGACAACGUUAUCAACUAUAAUUUUCCUGCAAAAUCGAAGCUAUUUGUUCAUAGAGUUGGUCGUGUUGCGCGAGCUGGUAGAAUUGGUUGUGCCUAUUUUCUUUCCUCCGACGAGGUUGCUUACAUGUUGGAUUUAUGUCUUUUCUUGGGUAGACCUUUAAAAACUGCGAAGAACAUUUAUAGAGAUCAAGACGACAAAGACUAUGUCUUUGGCACUGUUCCCCAAACAACGAUUGACGAACAGGCGGACCUUUUGCAAAGCAUUCAUGAGAACGCAGAAACGCAAUCUGAGCAAGAAACAUGUAGCAAGGCAUAUAAACAAUAUGUAAAAUCACGACCAGCGCCAUCGUCAGAAUCUGUAAAACGAGCGAAAGAAAUGAGCAAAAAUACAUUGUAUUUGCAUCCUUUGCUAGGAGGAAAUGAAACGGCAGCACAAACUGAUUAUCUUAAUGGAAUCAGAAGUUACAAAGCAAGACAUACAAUAUUUGAAAUCGGGUCGACGUCCAAAAGUUGCGCUCAAAACGUGAUGAAAAAUAAGCGACUCAAACACGGAACGGUGAUUGAAAAAAGUAAAGAAAGAACGACAAAGAAGUUGGAGGAUUAUGAAAAUGGUGAUGAGAACUCAAUUGACGUGGAUGAGACAACAUUGGACGACAUAAAGAAUGUGUUCACAACAGUCGUUGAUCCUGGUAAGAAGAAAAAGAAGAAAUUUGGUUUCGCGAAAGACGCAAAGUUUCGUGACAUCAACAAUUACAUUCCACAUCAAGCACCCGAUCAUUUUUCAGAAAAGGGUUUGGGGAUCAGUUCGUUUCAAACUCAAGCAGAAAAUGCCGUAUUAGAUUUGGACGAUGACGAAGGAAAGAAUUUUAUGCAACAAAGGAACUUAAAGAAAUGGGAUAGGAAACGAAAGAAAUUUGUUGGAAAUGAAGAAAAAAUGAAGAAAAAGAUAAAAACAGAAAGUGGAAGAUGGAUACCAGCUACUUAUAAAACUACAUUGUAUAAAGAUUGGCUUGAGAAAAAUAAGGUUAAACAAAGAGAAUGUGAUGAUGAUGAGGAUCAUAGAAAACCAAACAAGAUGUUUAAAAAAGUGAAAUUGACGGGAAACGAUACAUUUCAUUCUCCAGGUAAGGGAAUGAGAAAACCUACACGCAGAACGAGCGAGUUGAAAAACAAGGAACAGAUAUUGAAACAACGAAAACUGAAACAAAAAAUUUUGGAAAAGCAGAAGAAAGGUCGAGAAAAGAAUUUGAAAAGGAAACAAAAUAAAAGUGGAAAAAGAUGAAAGUCCUUGGCUUGGCUGUGACAAGGUCAGUAAUGAUUAGUUGAUAUAACUGAAACUGGCUCUGUGAAGCUUUGGAGUUGGAAGGACACACUCGCGGAUGAUUUUAACGAUAUAUGAGCAGGGUUUUUUUAAUUUUCAUCCUAAACACAACACGAAAUAUCAUUUUCUGAAAGUAUAGUAAACGCGCUUAAAGAAUGAAAUCUUAAAAUUUUUUAAGAUAUUUAUAAUUUCCAUUUCUCUAUCCCUGA